AUGCAAUCACUUGAAAAAUCUCACGCCCCUGAAGGCAUCGGCUCUAAAGCCUUGGACGCUGAAGUCUUUACUUCAAAAGACAAUCGUGCAGUCAGCGAGGCAGCCCCGGCCGAUCCUGAAAUCUCUUUAAUCAAGGUUGUUUCCGCCAACCAAUUUGCCACGAUCAUUCCGGACAGCGGCCUACCAAACUACCAAAAUCCGUUCGUCAGGUUGACUGGCGUGACACCAAAGCUUGGGAACGUGUUGUUGAAUCUCUUUGAAAGCCGGAGCUAUCCUGCUCGUAUCACCUUCCGUGGAAAGAAUGGUAUCAUCGAGCUGAAAAUGCCUACCACUUUUCACGGAGGUGUUAUCGAAUGGAUCAUCGAGCAAACCUUCAAAUGGAGACUCAGUAGCCAACUCACCGAUGCUGAAAGCCAGGACCUCUGCCGGGGCGGAAACCCCACAAUCACAAUGACCCAUGGAAAUUACACUGACGAUAGGAAAGUGCCAGAUUUCACUAUGCAGCCACGCGCCCAGCUCCCCGAUAUUAUUCCAACAGUUUCGAUGGAGGUUGGGUGGGCACAGUCAUACGCAAGUCUCCAGGAUAAUGCUGUGCUGCUUCUGGAAGGCGGCGGACCGAUCGCUCAGCGAUGUAUCCUAGUGCAUUUCACAAAAGGCCGUAAUAUGGUCCAGUGCGAACUGGAGAUGUGGGGCAAAAAUGGCGCUGGCCGUGCUCUCUGCAUCGACACAUGGGACAUUUUUCCAGCGCCAGCCCCCAACACUCCCCAAGCAGCGAAGCCAGAUCCUUUCCUCCUUCGCAGCGAGAUAUUUGGACAGUAUGUUCAUCCGGGGCAAAACCCGACCGAUCAGCUUCCAUUGAACUUGGACCGACUGCGCAUUAUAUCAACUGCGUAUAUUCUUGCCCAGGGACUCGUACCACGGAGUUGA